ACACAAACAUUUUCACUAAUAUUUAUUAACAAUAUAUUAAAAAUUCCGUGCUACUUUUAAGCCAAAUUGGAGUCCGAUGUUGCUGACACCAAACCCGAAAUCAAAACUAAACACAAUGAACCGAAAAACGUGGUAGAAUAUUUCAAUUUAAAUUGGUGUAUUGUUGGCUGCCUAUCUACCAUUUUGGUUUUCAUCAUUCUUUAAACAACCCCCAACACCCCAAAAUUACCAUAGCAACAUUGACAAAUCUGGCAAACUCUCACAACUCCCAUCAUACAUCAAACCCAUCCCCCCAUAAUGGACACCAUCACCUUCGCAUACCAAAAAAAAAGAAGCGAAUUCGGUAAGCAAUGUAUGUUUUCGGACAAAGGGCCCGACCUCAUCGACAACUACCCCUCGAACCCGAAGCUGAUCCGCAAUUACAUCCUCAAAGACCCAAUCGGCCGAGCCACACAAUGCGCCCCCGUGCAAGCCGAGCACUACCUCAAUACCACGAGAGCGGAGUACUCCAACGCCAUUAUGAACCACAUAGAAGGAGGGUGGCCGAAGGACGUCAACACGGCCGACGAAGAGCAGACCAAGAGGUACAGGCGAAAGGUGGAGAAGGACGAGGCGUUUCACCACACCGUGAUGCAGCUGUGUAGGAACAUGGAGAACUGUAUUCUGCAAAACAACGCCAUAAACAUCUACCAGCAGUACUUCUCGGACGUGGAACCGACACCUCUGGUGGAGCGCAGCUCGGCAAGGACGGUGAACGUGUACCAGGAUCAGAGCACUCCGACUAGACCCGUGACGCAUAUUUCUUGGUCGCCGGACAACCAAACCAAAUUGGCGGUUUCGCACUGUAAUCUAACUUUUCAGGCGGUGGUGCCGAAUCAAACAAAUUACUCAUAUAUCUGGGAAGUCGAGAACCCAAAUUUGCCUCUACACACCCUUCGCCCGGAACACCCAAUCGUGUGUUUAGAGUACAACCAAAAGGACCCGAACUCCCUCGUCAGCGGAAUGUUCAACGGCCAAGUAGCCGUCUGGGACAUGCGAAAAGGGCACGAACCCGUCGAACUCAGCGUCAUCGAAAACAGUUACCGAGAUCCAGUCCACAACGUCCUCUGGAUAAACUCCAAGUCCGGUACCGAGUUCUUCGGGUCUUCCACAGAUGGUCAAGUCAAGUGGUGGGACACCCGGAAAUUGUCAGAACCAACGGAAACCCUCAUCAUAGAUUUGUCCAAAGAAGAACAAACAAUGGCCAAUGCUCUAGGUGCGUCGUGUCUGGAGUACGAACCAACCAUCCCCACGCGGUUCAUGGUAGGAACAGAACAAGGAAAAGUAAUUUCUUGCAAUCGAAAGGGUAAAACUCCACAAGAGAAAAUGGUCGGGAAGUUUUCGGCCCAUUAUGGACCCGUUUUGGCCCUCCAAAGAAACCCGGCUUUCUUAAAAAAUUUCCUCACCGUUGGAGACUGGACGGCGCGAAUUUGGUCCGAAGACUGUAAAGAGAGCUCCAUCAUGUGGACGAGCUUCCACAAAGCUCUGCUCACAGACGGUGCUUGGAGUCCCACGAGACUGUCUGUAUUUUUUACCACACGCAGCGACGGCAUCCUCGACGUCUGGGACAUCCUCCAGCAGCAAAAGCAAGCUUGUCUGGGCGUCAAAGUCUGCGACGAAGCCCUCCGUUGCAUCCGCACCCACGACGCCGGCCGCCUCGUCGCAGUAGGCAACCAAAAAGGCACCACCUAUUUGGUGGAAUUCAGCGAAAACUUAUCAAUGUCGAACAAAAACGACAAAAUGCUACUGACAGCGAUGUUCGAGCGCGAAAGCAAACGCGAGAAGAUCCUGGAAGCACGCAACCGAGAAAUCCGGCUGAAACUGAAAGCCAGAAGCGGCGUUGCGUUAGUUGAAGAACCGACACAGGAAGCAGCGGAAGGAGAGGAGGAACCGGGUGAAGAAAUACCAGUGGAUGCGUUCUUCGACAGCAGUGUUAAGCAAGCAGAGGCGGAGUUUUAUCUUUGCAUCGAGGCGGAAACGGCGCCACCGCCAGAAGAGUUUCCGGAGGAGCCGGAGAUGAUAGCGGAAAUAGACGAGGAGCCGGUGGAGCCGCCGCCGCCGGAGCCCCCCGUCGAACCCGCUCCGCCGAAGAAAGAGAAGAAGGGGAAAGAAAAGGGGGGGAAGAAGAAGAAGAAGUAGUUUAUAUUUUUACUGUAUUUUAAACGUUACUAGA